AUGCACCGAGUAGUUCUGCUGAUGGCAGGACUCCUGCAACUCAUACUGGCCCAGAAUAAUGACCCACUGCACUGGAUUUACCGGCUGCAUCCUAUGGCUGCUCUCAACGCAGACAAGACUGGAGGAGAUUGCCCGGCAGAAUGUGACUGCCCUCCAACCUUCCCCAUCGCGAUGUACUGCAACAAUCGUGGCUUGAAACAGAUUCCAUACAUCCCAUCCCGCAUCAAAUAUGUCUACCUGCAGCACAACCAGAUCACCACUGUAUCGGACAAGGCCUUUGGCAAUGCCACAGACCUCAUCUGGGUCAUGCUGCAUGAGAACCAGAUUGAAAAAAUAGAAAACCGGGCCUUUGCUGACCUGGUGAAUCUGGAUCGCCUCUACCUAAGUGGCAACAACCUCACUGAAGUGCCAGCUAAUCUUCCUCGUUCCCUACGUGACCUGCGUCUCAACCACAACAAAAUCUCCAAGGUGUCUCCCGACGCUUUGAACGGCAUGAAAAACCUGACAUUUCUUCUGCUUAAUGACAACAACAUUCAAGAGAUUGAAGGGUCACUGAAAGACCUCAAGUCCCUCACGCUGCUCAAUGUGGGCGGCAACCAGCUGAAGAAAAUUCCCAGUGGCCUUCCCGACAUGCUGCAUCAGCUUUAUCUGGACUCAAACUCAAUCGAUUCCAUCCCAGAAAACUAUUUCAACCCCUUGAGCAACCUGCAAUACGUCCGCUUGUCCCACAAUGCCCUCACAGACAAGGGUAUUCCACCCAACACAUUUAACAUCAGUGGACUGAUAGAGCUGGAUCUUUCCUAUAACAAACUGGAGAGGAUCCCACCAGUUAGUGCCAGCCUUGAAUACCUCUAUCUACAAGUCAAUAACAUCAAAGAGUUCACCUUGGGAAGCUUCUGCAGUGUGGUGGAUGUGAUAAACUUCUCCAAACUAAAGGUCCUGCGUAUGGAAGGCAAUGAGAUUGCUCGUAGUGACAUACCGACCGAAUCUGCUCUGUGCCUCCGCCUGGCCUCAGACAUUGCCCUGUAA